UACAGGAUGUAUCUUGUUGACUAACGAACAUGUGUGUAUACUAUUUCCGUCCGUGUUUGAAACGAAAUUUGACAUCAUAAGGGAAAAUACUUCACUGCAAUUUUUGGGAGUGUGCAGAUACUUAUAAGAAGCAAUGUUCAAAGUGUAGAGGAUAAGGCGUCUGUAUUUUGUUUAUUCUUUGUAAUGUGUUUUUAUUUUUUUUCUUGUCAUAAGGGACCUCACUUAAAUAUUUGCUGACACUAAGGAUGCAGUCAGGAUUUGUUAUACAGUGGUGUUCGAUGUUAAGUAUGAUCUUCAUUAACUUCACGGUUGGAACAGAAGAACCUAAAUGCGAUAAAACGUGCACGUACUCAUUAAUGAAGGGCCCGUCACGUGAUGCGUCAGAGGGUAUCUUACAUAUCCAGGAUCCGAAAAAUAACACCAACUGGUUACCCGUGUGCUAUGCGAAACUCGACUAUAAUAACAAAAUUUGCCUAAAAACUAAAAUAGCUAGUUCAUCAUCUGGGUCAUACCCUUUCCCGAACGAGGUACUUCAUUUUCCCAACACAAUUAUUGCGAAUAGACUCGUCAGGCUUACUGCAAACAUGUGCAUAAACCGCUCACAAAUUGAACCGGUUUUAUAUGAGCUCUGCACGGAAACCAAACAAAGCGGUUGUUGCAACCCGCUAGCAAUCUGUUAUCAGUCGGCGCCGCAGCAUACCUCGGAUAUUCGACCAGCCGAAUGCAGUAGAAACUGGACUGGGGCUCAGUCUAAAAGUAACGACAAACACUGCCCAGAAGGUCAUGAGACGUUAAGCAUGUCCAGAAUUUGUCGUGAAAACAUCACGAGGUUUGCUGGGAGAGCAUGGAUCGCGUCUGCAUUUCAAAAGAUUUGUGGCGGGGACAAUGCGACGAUGAUCAAGAAUGUAGAAUCCGGUUUAAACCGAUGUCUUCAAGACUGGAAUACUCGGCCUGAUCCCCGUAAUAACUACGUCAUUAUUGAUCAAUAUCUUAACUGUUCGUGGAGCCCUAACAAAACGUGUACAAGUGAUCAAGUAGUAACAUUCAAACUACUUGAAUCCGAAGAGAACAAUUUUAGUAAAGAUCUAUAUUGUAUCGCAGCCAACAUGACGGAAGGUUGGAACUUCACUGUAGAAAAGUGCACUACCCUUUUACCUCCCUUUUGCGGAAAGUCCCAACUAUCGACGACAAAGCAGUUCGAUGACACUUCCCCACCCAAGCCGUCCACUGUCAGCACUGUCACAUAUAUGACGCCAUCAACAGAUAUGACGUUGACAAAAGAUAUGACGUCUCGCGCACAGACCGACAAGGAGGUGGUUGUCAUAGCAAUCACGGUACCGACCUGUGUGAUGGUAGUAGCGCUUAGUGUCAUAGGAGUCUGUUUCUGGUACACACGAAAAAAUUUCCGAUCCAGGGGUGAUUCUCCAAGGGUAAAUUCAAUUGUCAACCAAACAUACGGUGAAAACCUAUCAGAAACCUAUCAUUUAUUGGAUGAAUCAAGGCUUGAUGAAUCUCCAAAUCCACCGUUACCUAUGCGAGACGACGUGCACGAAUUAAGCGUCCUGGGUGUCUAUUCGAUGCCGCUUGAUUCCAUCGUUCCUGAUUUAAAGCGUGUGGAUAAUGAUCUGACAUACGAUGGCAACCUUACAUGUAAUCGUAAAGGCCCAUCUAUGAUCACUGGAAAGAGAAACGACCCACGCGCUUUAAUAAAUGGUCGUCAAAGAACCACACGUAAAGCUCUUUCUGAAGACAAAGGUACAAUUGGCAUUUCGAUCGUUGGUUAUAAUUGUUUGCAUGACUCAUUACCAAAACAUUACAAGGUCCGAAGUACUGUGAUUACGAACGAACUAAUACAAAAACUAAGAUCUGAAAGCGAUAUAAUUUAUCACAUCAAAAACAAACAUAACCAUGUUGACAACAGUGCGUUGGAAUCAAGUGUGGAUGUGGAAACGGAUUUCAAAAGGGUUUUCCCAACUCAUUUUGACUCUAAAUUAGAAACUAAUUUGAAUGACAAACAGGACGACUCUUCUGUCGCACUAGACGUUUGCCGACCUAAGGAAAACUUCUGUGCUACACCUCCGUUGGAGUAUUCUUAUUCUGACUGCAUCUCAACACAUAAGGCUGGAGCCGUUGGUGAUGAUUAUGUAGAUACGGAAAGCUUUGUCGAACCCGAUGACCUUGGCAUAAAUACCUUAUUUAAAGAUCACGUUUGUUUGGACUGUCUUACACAGGAGCAACUUGAUAUGCUUGGUAUACGGAUUGUGAAUGUUGAUGAUACAUACGUAACAUAUGAAAACUUGCCGAAUCGGUUUUCAGACACAAUGUCUUGCGACGUUGGAGGUGCCGAGACAUAUUCCGAAGAAGCAACAUUCGUUAUGGAUCAAAGUGGCACUAAAGCUAAGGCAAAAGACACAGUCAUAGCAAGUUUUCAUUAUCGAGACUUAAACGCAUCAAACGUAGAGAAUGAAGCGAGUAAAACAUCCAGUCAAAAGUGCACAUUUAAUAGAAACAAUUCGUAUGAUAUAUUAAAAUAUAUUAAACAAGAAGAUACCGGGAGUAAAAACCAGUAUCACACAUGCAAUGAUGUAAGGAUAUGGAGAAGAAAGAGGAGAAUAGCGCACCACGAACGUAAAAAAUCUACUUAAAUAUCAUUUUCUUGGACAUCACAUGGUUUUGUAUUUUUUUUAUUAUUUUGAAACAGAUUGGCGAAUCAUUUGAUUAAAGCUAUACCAUCAGAAAGGAUUUUUCAUUUUAAAGUAGCGUCCUACAGUAGCGUGAUAAAGGCUUUAGUUAUAGUAAAUGGCAAAUUAGCUGCUAUUGUUUGACUAUUUUAUACGAAAAAAUAUAUACACAAUUGAAAUUAUUCGUCAAUUUUUUAUUUCCUGAGGUUUAUCGGGAAAUACCAGUGCUUUAUACUUGGUUAUUCACUUUUUCGAAAAGGUUGAAACCUUACCCGCUGCUAUUUCGUGUUUGCUUUUUUUCCCGAAUGAAUACAAUCAUUGAAACAGACCGUCAAACAAAUCUUCAGGUCUUAAAAAGUGUGUUGUGCUGUAACUAUUUUGACUUAAUUGCAGUUAGUGAAUUAAAUAUCCUAGGCCAUUUCGUCCGUAUCUGAUCAAUAUCAAGUGCUUUUACAGACGAUAUUGUUCAAUUAUCAAAUUGCCAGAAUUUUUGAAGUCUUAACGCGGAUUUUAAGGAUGCGCGAAGGCGAACAUGUUCUUACCCUGAUCGCUCUUGAGUAAUUACUCGCCGAGAAACAUAAUUGUCUCUUGGAAUGAAAGUUUACUUGGAAUGAAAGUGACACAUUUUUAAAAUAAGUUGAAUACAUAGGGAUAGUUGUGCAAUUUGUCGCUGGGAUUUUAUAUAAUCGGCAGAAAUAGUAGAUACGCAAUUAAAAUGUUUAAAUACAUUCGCAAUCCAUAAAAUUUAUACUUUGAAACAUUUUGUUACAUUCUUCUUUCAAACUAUUUAAAAUAACCAUAUUCACUGAUGCGUUAUCUAGCAGAAUAUAUAUUUUCUGUUUGAUGCGUUUUAUUGCCUAGAUAUGCUAUUAAUGGCUUGAGUGAAUGUUUGUUAAUGUUUAAACACCUUGCAAAGAUAUGUGACAUGUCAUUUCACAUACUUUAAUAAUCAUACAUACUAUUGUUUAUUAAGAUGUAUGUCAUCCGUUUUUCAAGUUAUAUAUAUUCUUGAAAUCUUAAAAGUUGCUGUUUAACAUGGAAAGGAAAUGGCCACUUUACUGCUGAUAUAUAAAAUUCGAACAUAUUUUAUGAAUGUUAGCAAUAGUUAAUACAUGUACUACCGUUUAUUUCCGUUGUUUAGAUUGUUCUUGGUUACAAAUGAGCGACAAAAUACGACUCAAGUUUGAGUUACGAUAUAAUAUGAAACGACGGGCAAUUUGUUAUCACAUUACAACUAGAUGCAGACAUCAUCAUACCGAUAUUGAAUCGUAUUUUGUCGCUCAUUACGUCAUUCGAUCCACUUUCACUGUUUUCGGCUACAUGCAUAGGUAAUCUGGUUUAUAUCGUUAAACGUUAUUAAUAUUUUCUCUCUAACGGACGUUUCUUGUUUGAUGUAUUUUUAGCAGUCACAUAAACAACCAAGCUAUGUAACAUGGAUCUUUCACGCCCAUUAUUGCUGCUUCUUCCUGUAUUUGCACGAUGAUGAUCUGGAAUUUUAACUAUAUGAUGCUAUAUUCUUAAAUAUUUUUCUUUAAAGAAGGGAUGUAGUUGACACAUGUUCGUAAUUUUAUUUCAUCUCUCCUCAAAAGUUGUAACUCUGUUGCUUUGGUCGCCUUCCUACCAUUGAGUAAUUAAAUGGUAAUAAAAUUGAAUGCGUUUUAAUUCCCUUUUAUUAUUGUUUAAUGUGAGUUGCAAUGCUAUGAGGUUAGAUUUUAUUUACACUUAAUGUAUCAUGAAUAUUGCUGGGCCAAGUGGCAGGUUGAACGCUCUUAAACCGGUUUUAAUCCCCAAUGCUUUGCAUUGUCCGUUCCAAGGCGGUGACCCCGGAUUUAUUCUUCUAUGUGUGUAUGUUGUUUCGUGUUGUGCUGUUUCGUACUGUUUUGGCAAUAUGUCAUUAUUGUUGUUAUUGUUAAAUUAUCAUGUUAUUAUUGCCUUAAAUAAAGGAACUACUAAUUGUUUAUAAUGAGAAUGCAAUACUACUCCAGCAGAUGGAGUUUCACUUCUUUAUAUGGAUUAUAUGAUAUGCGAUAAAAACACUUCCAAAUCAC